AACCCCAUCACCACGCAAUUAUAUAUUCGACCGGCAGAGGGGAGAAUGUCGAUCUUCACUCCCACCAACCAGAUCAGGCUCACAAACGUGGCGACUGUACGCUACAAAAAAGGCGGGAAGAGGUUCGAGGUUGCCUGCUACAAGAACAAGGUUCUAUCGUGGAGAACGAAAGUAGAGCAGGACCUGGAGGAGGUACUGCAGACCCACACGGUGUUCACUAACGUGUCGAAGGGGACGGUGGCCAAGAGGGAAGACCUCCAGCGAGUGUUUGGAACUGACAACCAGACUGACAUCUGUAAACUG